AUGUUAAAGCUUUCGAUAUUACUAAGCAUAUUAGUGGCAACCACUAUAGCUUUAACGUAUUCUGGAAAGCCUUACAUACAUAUACGCCAGGGCGUAAAACCCAAUCAAUUGAUUAUCAGUGUUCGACAUCCAUGUACAAAUAUUACACGAAAAACAACAACAGAAUUUCCACCAAACGACGAUAACUCGACGACAACAGAGGACUCAACUGGAAAUAAUGAUUGUUCAGACCAAAAACACCACUCGAAAGAGAGCAGUUGUUCGUCGCACUCAUCAGAAGAAUUUCAUUCUGAUUGCUUGAAUACAUCCGAAGAACAUCGCUCGAAAAGUUCAUGUUCAUCAUCGUCAGAGGAAAGCCAAUGUUCCUGCUCUUCAUCAUCGAAAGAAGAAGAUUGCGAAUAUCACUCUAAAUCUAAGUGUUCGUCAUCAUCAGAACCAGGAUCAAUGGAAAAAUCACAAAAUUCUUGCUCUUCUUCUUCAGAUUCUUCGGUGUCUUAUGAAUGUGAUGGAGAUUUAAGCAAUGAAUCCCUACAGGACCACAGCCACAUUGGCUCAUGUAGCUCUUCAGAAGAGUCCCAUUCAAAAGAGACAACUGUAGAAUCGGACAAAAACACAUAUUUUCCAACGAUAGCAACAUCAACCUUAUCUCCAGAAUCUACCACUACUCCAGUAGAGACUGGUUCUACCGAAAGGCCCGACGCAACAACCAUACCCAUUCUAUCUACGACGAUGGACACAUCUGAAACUGAACGCACUACUACAUCAACAUUUGAAACGACCCUUACAACGCUAGAGGAAGAUGGCGGAGCUUUAUCAGACAAUAGCACAAUCACCAUGCCAAUAGCCGAUACUACAACACCGUCAAGCUCAAUAACGACCUCAACGCCAAUAAGUUGGAAUACUGAAACAACAGAAAGUAAAUCCACCACUACAGAAACAAGUAUAACUACAUCGAUGAGUGAAGAAACCACCGCCCAUGUAAAUGACACAACAACACCUUCAGGCGAAGGGACAACAACACCUUCAAGUGAAGCAACAACGACGACGUCGGAAGGUGAAGGAACAACUCCACCUGUUGAUGAAACUACAACACCGUCGACUGGAGGCGAAGGAACAACAACACCUUCAAGUGAAGCAACAACGAAAACGUCGGAAGGUGAAGGAACAACUCCACCUGUGGGUGAAACUACAACACCGUCGUCGGGAGGCGAAGGAACCACUCCAUCUGUUGGUGAAACUACAACACCGUCGUCUGGAGGUGAUGGAACAACAACACCUUCAAGUGAAGCAACAACGACGACGUCCGAAGGUGAAGGAACCACUCCACCUCCGUCUUCGGGAGGUGAAGAAACAACAACAUCUUCAAGUGAAGCUACAUCGACAACGUCGGAAACUACACCACCGUCUUCGGGAGGUGAAGGAACAACAACAUGUGAAGGAACAACAACAUCUUCGGGUGAACCAACAACGACGACGUCGGAAGGCGAAGGAACCACUCCAUCCGUUGGUGAAACAACACCACCGUCUUCGGGAGGUGAGGGAACAGCAACACCUUCAAGUGAAGCAACAACGACGACGUCAGAAGUCAAAGGAACUACUCCACCUGCUGGUGAAACCACCACUCCUGUCAGCGAAACUACAACACCAUCUUCGGGAGGUGCAGGAUCAACAACACCUUCAAGUGAAGCAACAACGACGACGUCCGAAGGUGAAGGAACUACUCCACCUAUUAGUGAAACUACAACACCGUCUUCGGGAGGUGAAGCCACAACAACAUCUUCAGGUGAAGCACCAACGACGACGUCCGAAGGUGAAGGAACCACUCCACCUGUUGGUGAAACUACAACGACGUCUUCGGGAGGUGAAGGAAUAACAACAUCUUCAGGUGAAGCACCAACGACGACGAACGAAGGUGAAGGAACCACUCCACCUGUUGGUCAAACUACAACACCGUCGACGGGAGGCGAAGGAACAACAACACCUGCAAGUGAAGCAACAACGACAACGUCGGAAGGUGCAGGAACAACUCCACCUGUUGGUGAAACUACAACACCGUCGUCGGGAGGCGAAGGAACCACUCCAUCUGUUGGUGAAACUACAACACCGUCGUCGGGAGGUGAUGGAACAACAACACCUUCAAGUAAAGCAACAACGGCGACGUCGGAAGGUGAAGAAACAACUCCGUGUACGACUUCCGAAGGUGAAGGAACCACUCCUCCUACUGGUGAAAUUACAACACCGUCUUCGGGAGGUGAAGCAACAACGACGACGUCGGAAGGCGAAGGAACCACUCCAUCCGUUGGUGAAACAACACCACCCUCUUCGGGAGGUGAGGGAACAACAAAACCUUCAAGUGAAGCAACAACGACGACGUCCGAAGGCGAAGGAAGCACUCCACCUGCUGGUGAAACCACCACUCCUGUCAGCGAAACUACAACACCAUCUUCGGGAGGUGCAGGAACAACAACACCUUCAAGUGAAGCAACAACGCUGACGUCUGAAGGCCAAGGAACCACUCCAACUGUUGGUGAAACUACAACACCGUCUUCGGGAGGUGAAGGAACAACAGCAUCUUCAGGUGAAGCAACAACGACGACGUCUGAAGGCGAAGGAACCACUCCACCUGUUGGAUCAACAACACCAUCAAGUGAAGCAACAACGACGACGUCGGAAGGUGAAGGAACCACUCCACCUGUUGGAGAAACAACAACACCGUCUUCGGGUGGUGAGGGAACAACAACAUCUUCAAGUGAAGCAACAACGACGACUACCGAAGGCGAAGGAACCACUCCACCUGUGAAGGAACAACAACAACUUCAGGAGAAGGAACAACGACAACGUCGGAAGGUGAAGGAACAACUCCACCUGUUGGUGAAACUACAACACCGUCUUCGGGAGGUGAAGGAACAAUAA